AAAAUAAUUGUAUUAAAUACACAGCACGGAGAGAAAUGGGCUAGAAACCGUUAAGUCCGGCAACGCUUGCACCGUUGAUCGCAACGCUCAACUUUUGUCGCGUUUCUUAUUAGAAAAUCCCUUUUACGCGUUCGCUUCGCUGCAGCUAGCAAAAAAAAGAAGAGAAACAGCAGAACAGAGGAGGAGUAACAACAAUAACAACAACGUUCAGCCGAAAAUUGCACGUUUUUAAAAGUUUUCUACGCUCUGCUUUUACUCCGUUAUUUUGUUGUUGUUGGCCAACGUGUCCUGCGCGGCAAACAAAGUAAAAGUUAGAGCGAAAGUUGGCGGAAAGUGCGGCAAAAAUAAAGCAACAACAACAAUCGCAACAACUGCACAGCGCGCAAGUUUAAUUCGAUUUUAGUGUGUAACAAUCAGUGCGAAAAGCGCCAAGCAGCGGCAGAGCAGCAGCCGCAACAACAACAACAGCAGCAAAAAACCACAAACAACAAAAGCGCAGCACCAAAAAGAAAAAAAAAAUAAAUAAAACGGAAAAAAAAAUUGCAGCGUCGCCGUCGCUACCUUUACGCUUGCAUACAUGAGAGCGUGCAAGUGUGCUCGUGCAAGUGUGUGUUUGUGUUUAUUUGUGUGAGUGUGUGCAUGUAGGAGUGAGCGGAAGAACAGUAAAAGUGGAUUAGCAGCAGCAACAACAGCAGACGCCAUUGCCGCCGGCAGCGCAGUUAGUGUUAAAUUUUGUGCUCCGACUGCGACUGCGACAGCGACAGCGACUGAGACGCUCUUUUGGAUUUAAUGCGAAGCGCUUAGCGUGUUAGUCUUUCAACUCGUGACUGUUCAUGGAAACCAUGAUUACCAGAAAACACAGAUAAAAAUGCCAGCGCAAAUUUAUUGGAAGACUAAACAAAUUCGGGCAGCUUUGCUCGUGACGAGCUUCUGCCUGUUAGUUUCACAUGCCGCCUGGGCAAAGAAAUUGAAUGCAAGUCAAGCGUUUGACGACACAUGGAACACAGCAUCCGAUUUGGAAAAUGAGCUGGAACAACAGAAGCGUUCAAAGGGCGCCGGAUCAACGGGUGGCGCAGGCUCCAGCUCCGGCUCUGGGUCUGGCUCUGGCUCUGGCUCUGGCCAAUGGUCCGGCUGGUCGGAAUGGUCAACAUGUUCGCGCACCUGCGAUGGCGGCAUCAUGCAGCAAAUACGUCGCUGCAGCACAACCGGCACCUGUCGCGGCGAGAGCGCUCGCUAUCGCAUCUGCAACAUGCAGCCGUGUCCCGAGCAGCAGGACUUCCGUGCGAACCAGUGCGCCGCCUACAAUGACGUUCCCUACGACGGCACCCUAUACAAGUGGACGCCUCACUAUGAUUAUGUCGAGCCCUGUGCCCUCACAUGCAGGGGACACCCGGCUCAUCUCACGGAGGACAUCUCACCGGAAUCGGGCGCGGCUAAUGCCGAGGAAUCGGAGCAUUACGAUGAGCAGAGCGUCAUUGUUCAGCUGUCGGCGCGGGUGCAGGAUGGCACGCGCUGUCGCUCUGGGAGUUUAGAUAUGUGCAUUCAGGGCAAAUGUCAGCGCGUUGGCUGCGAUUUGAAAAUAGGCUCAACGAAGAAAAUUGACGGCUGCGGCGUUUGCGGAGGCGAUGGCAACUCCUGUUCGCAACCGCUCUAUUAUUGGGAGAUGUCGGCGAUGUCGCAAUGUUCCGUCACCUGCGGCGGCGGUUACAAAAUGUCUCGUCCUGUGUGCAAAAAUCGCCUAACUGGCGCUGAUGUCGAUACGAUGCUCUGCAAUGCUGCUAAUCGCCCGGAGAAUUCGGUGGUGCCAUGUAAUACACAUAGCUGUCCGCCGCGUUGGAUAACCGACGAUUGGAGCACUUGCAGCCGGCUCUGUGGGCACGGCUACCGUGAACGGAUGGUUGUCUGUGCCGAGGAGACCAACGGCAUCAAAACGAGGGUUGCUGAUAUUAUGUGCCGCACUCCAAAGCCGCCAACACAAGAGACCUGCAUUAUCGAGGAGUGCCCACACUGGGAGGUUGAGGAUUGGACUGGCUGCUCCGUUUCAUGUGGCCAGGGCAUUCAGAUGCGCGGUGUCGAGUGCAAAUCGACGGAUGGCAGUCUGAGUGCCAAAUGUGAUCCCCUAACGAAGCCCGGCAGCAUGCAGCAGUGUUCGACUGGCAUCCAUUGCGAUGGUGGCCCAAAUAAGGGCGGUGGCACCAUUAUUGUCGGCAGCAGUCGCUCCCUGAAUGAGCGCGCCGAACGGCAUAUGGAUAGCUCGGAUCUGGAUGAGGACGACGACGAUGAGGAUGAAGAAGUUGAAGAUAUGGAUGAUGAUAUGGAAUCAGGCCAAGACACUGACGACGGCGAAGGCCUGUCCUAUGCCGAUCAACCGAUGCGCUAUGCGCAUCACACACAAAGUCGACUGCAUCACGAGACGCCCGAGGAGCCACGCACCAUGCGCCUCAUGAGUGGCAGCUCCAGCAAGAAUCACAACAAUGCGCGAGGUGGUGCUAGCGGCGGAGCGGAUGUGCCCUCCCUGGAUCCAAGCUUCAUCAAGGACACCGAGUGGUCCCCCUGCAGCGUUACCUGCGGCGAGGGCAUACGUCGGCGCGCAUAUAAAUGCAAAAUCUUUCUGGAAUACUCACGUACCGUGGCCACGGUGAAUGAUAGCUUGUGCGAGGGCACCAAGCCGCACGAUGAGACGGAGCGCUGCGUGGAGGAGGUGUGCUCGCUGCCCGUUGGCUACGACGAUCAAUAUCCGCGUGACUCCAUCAAGGUGGGCGUGUCGGAGCCGGGCAAGACCUAUGUGUGGCGCGAGCAGGGCUACACCUCGUGCAGUGCGUCGUGCUUGGGCGGCGUCGAGGAGCUAAUCAUCAACUGUGUGAGGGAGGAUAAUGGGCGCGUUGUCUCGCCGUUCCUCUGCUCGCCGGAAACUAAGCCGGAGGCACGUGUGCGCACCUGCAAUGAUCGGCCGUGCCCGCCGCGCUGGAACUACUCGGAUUAUACGCCCUGCUCGAAGAGCUGCGGCAUUGGCAUCAAGACACGUGAGGUGCAGUGCAUCCAUGAGGUGACGCGUGGCGGCGAGAACACCAUGGUCGUGCCCAACAGCAUGUGCCCCCAGCCGCCGCCCGCGGACCGGCAGUACUGCAAUGUCCUCGACUGUCCGGUGCGCUGGGAGGUGGGCGAGUGGUCGAAGUGCUCGCACACCUGCGGCUACGGCAUCAAGGAUCGCAAAGUGGAGUGCAAGCAAAUUAUGGCGCAGGAGCACAAAAUCGAACGGCCCGAAUCGAUGUGCCCCAGCGUCAAGCCGCCGGACAAGAAGCCCUGCAACGUGAAGCCCUGUCCACCGGAGGAUCCCAAGCCCGUGAUACAAAUCAGCAACUCGACCCACAUCCAGCACGAUCCCAAGAAGACCAAGAUCACACUGAAGGUAGGCGGCGCCGGAGUCGUCUUCUUUGGCACCCAAGUGAAGAUCAAGUGCCCGGUGAAGCGCUACAAUCGCACCAAAAUCAAGUGGAGCAAGGACCACAAGCCCUUGGCGCGCUCACGCAAAUUCAAGGUGUCCAAGAAGGGAGCACUGCGCAUUUUGGACAUCACCUUCCGUGACGCUGGCAUCUAUUCGUGUCACGCCGGCCUCAGCUCGGCGGAGAUUAAUAUCGAGGUGAAAGCCAAGCCCGGCCAGCAGGCCGAGGAGCUGGAACGCCAGGAAGCGGAUCGCCUGGUGCGUGAGCGCAGCGGCACUGAGGCGCUUACCUCAGCGGACAUGACGUCGUCGUCGUCGUCGUCGUCGUCGUUGAAUGGCGCCGCAGCCGGUGGGGCAGAGGGGGCCCCUAAUGGCUCUCAGCAGCAACAGCAACAGCAGCAGCAGCAGUCCACACGUCGCAGACAGAACCAGUCGGAAAGGAUGCAGAAUGGACGUGAACGCAAUCGUCGCCCCAAAUCGGAUGGUGUGCAGCAUGCGGACAGCAGCAUUAUGGAGGAUGAGCAUUCGCAAUUAGUGCAAUCGCAGGACCGAAUUCCACAACCAGCGAGCGCCAGCAGCGGCAGCAGUCGCACCAAAACUCUUCUGGCCAUGCCCUAUUUCCAGGCGUUGCUCAGCAACCUGCAGGUGAGCCCAUCCUUUGGAUUGGUUUCAGUUCAAUUUCGUUUCGUUUCACUUCAUUUCGUUG